AUGUCAGACGAAGCCGCGGCCCACCACCUGCUCACCGUGCUUGAAGAGCGGGAUCUUGCCGUCAGCCUGGACGAUGUGCUUCUCGCGUUCGAGUCUGAUGUAACCAAAGACGAAGCUGCGUCUUGGGUGGAUGAAUAUCUCGAUCAAAAUACACUUUUGAGCCAAGAAGAACUAGACCUAUAUCGUCAAUUGUCAUCCAAUGGUCGUCUACAGAAACUCGAGACGGAAAAUUCCAAGCUUUUCCCCCAUCGAGAUGAAGAUCUAGCCGCGGCUGUCGCCUCCUUGCAGACAUCUACCGCUGCCAUUGAAGACCAUAUCAAAGUUCUCGAGUCUCAGAAAAAUGCACUGCACGAUCUGCAAGCGCUUAACAGGCCCAAUCUGACCGUGGAGCAUAUGCGAAAUGACCGUCGUCGUCGUGAACAUCAAGAGAAGGCACGUCUAGAGAUUUCGAUUGAGGAACUCUCUAGCUCCAUAUCCUCACAUCUAAAUACCGCGACCCACGACACCAAAGCAGAACACGCCUCACUCAUCUCCUACACCACCGAACGUCUCGCCUCCGACGACAGGAUGCUAACCGCCCUCCCCAAAAUUGCCUCAAACAUCGCCGCCAGCCCCCCAGCAACUGACGACGCCAAGGCCAUCGACCACUGGUGCGAAGCCAUCGUCUCGUUCCGCACCGCAGAAGUCAAAGCGCGAGUCGACGGAACCUACUUACUUAACGCAGCCAGCUGUCCCGACUCUGAGCUCCCCGACGAAACUGAAGAGGAGCUGCGCGCCGAGAAAGCAGGGCUGCAGGAAGAACUCGAAACGCUGUAUACAGAGAUCGCUCCCUUGGCCGAAAUGGUCGUGGAGCAUGAGCUGCGUAAGCCGAUUGUUUCGACUCGGGAGUUGGCGGAGGAGCAGAGGCGGCAGGCGCAGAAGGCGUGGUUGACAUAUGUUCUCUCUACGCUGCAAUUCAUGAGCACCCGCCUUGAAACCAUCAACUCGCAUGCGCUUGAUCUCUCCGGGUUUCUGGAAGCUGUCGAAAGCAUCAACACCGUCUUCUCUUCUCAAAUCGCCCCGCCACCCGUCGACACGCAGGCCAAGUCCCUGAAGCGGCAAAGCGUAGCUCUCAAGUCUCUCCUCUCGCCACCUGUCAAGUUACGAUCUGGAGAGCCCCUUCAACUUCCUCCGGUGCUCCGUGAUAUUCUCCGGCACACCAACAUCACCACCAGCCGCAGUGAAACCAUCGAAGACAUCAUCAACGCAGUGAAAACUGCGGACGCAGAACGCAUCGAAAAGCUGAAUCGUAACUACUUCACCGCAGGCUUGUCCGUGUCACGGCUUUUGGGCGAGGUAUUGGAAAAGGCGGAUUUGGAGGCCCAGGCGCUGCGGGAUGCGGUCUACGAGAAUACGAAGUACAAGAGCGUCAGUUUCACGGAUCAAAUCCUCGACGAGCGGUUGAAAGAGCUUGGGGCGAAGCUGGAGAAGGUAGAGGCGGGUAUUUUCAAUGCAGAAAACGACGAGCUCUCCAUGGGCGAGUCGAAGGUGGCUACAUUUGUGGAGAAGUGGUCCCACCCGUAAGCAGAAAACGCAAUUUACGGCGCGUAGGCGUUGCAGGUGGUAUAGAAGUAGAAAACACAGAGUGCUACCAGAACCAUCGUGAGCCUAUUGGGAUGAUUGCGCCCUCAGAAUAUUAUUGGU